GCAGGGAUGGCCGCCCGUUCAUCAAAGUUGCCGGCUUCGACGUUCAUGCCCAGCCCUGUGUCUGGUGCGGGGGGAAGCCCUGCCAUGGAAACAAUGACAAUUUGUGCGAACCCUACGACUUUAUAAUCAACGGUGGCGGCCAUGCCUUCAAAAACAUUCCUGGGCCACGCACGGUUGCAGGUUGCAGAGCAGGUGUGGCUUAUGCGGAUCAUCUCUAUGAAGACGCCACGGGGAAGGUUGAAGAAGCGCCGGCCCUGCCAAAAGAAGGAGACUCGCAGGGGCAGCAAGUCGCUGUAGUAGGAAAGCAAGACCAGCCGAACAGCAUGCACCCUCCAGCCGCUGCUGGUGCAGCCCUGCCUUUGCAGAAUAUUGGCCUCGAUUGCUGGUAUGAAUGCAAGCAAAGAUCAGGCUUUUGCGAAUUCUGUGGGGUUGGAAAUGCUUGCUGUCGGGAGGGCUAUGAUGCAGACUCUCCAAAGGAGUGCCAAGGCAAUGUGCACUUCACAACUUGGCACCAUGAAUGCAUCGUGCCAGAUCAUUCCAAGAGCAACGUAGCUCACGAACAGAUAGCUAUUGCAGCACAGGCUGCUGCAAAGGAAGCCGCCGCUGGUGGUGCUACAGCGGAAGAGCAAGUACGGCAAGCAGCUCUAGCAGCGGGGCAGUACGCCAAGCAAAUCGAUGCGCCACCCGAGGCUGCCGCCAAGAUUGUAGCUGCUGGUGUCGAAGAAGCAUCUCAAAGCAGUUCAACAGGACAGACGCCAAGCCAAAUGAAAGCUGCAACUAUAGCUGCUCAGGCAGCGGUUUCGCGAGGCACUCCGCAGGAGCAGCUGGCAGAGGUGGCUGAAGCGGCUACUCAGGUGGCGGCGGAAGCAGAUAAGGGCUUCCAACAGCAGGCGCAUGCUGCAGCAGUCGCAGCAGGCACGGCUGCUGGGCAAAUGGGGCUGCAUGCAGCGGAUGCUGCAUUUGUAGCCGCGCAGGGGGCUGCCAGCGCAUCACAGGCUGCUGGCGAAGGCAAGGAUUCCGCAAUCACAGCUGCAGCAGCUGCGGCCCACACGGCCGCUGUAGCAGCUGGCAAGUCGGGCGAAGCACUGAUUGCCACCAUAACGGAGGCGGUUGUCAAGGUUACACUUUCUGCUGGCAUUAGUGCAGAGGACCAGAAAGCGGCAGUGACGCGAGCAGCCGAUACUUAUGCUGCAGCUGCAGGCCUGUCGGCAGCAGCCGCGGAAAUGGCAGCACUUCACACUCUGGGGCUGGCAACUAGUAAAGGCCGGGCGCCUGCGCCAGCACCACUACCAGUCCAGACUGCACCAGAAGUCCCAAGUGCACCCUUGAAAGAAGUCAAGAGCGCUACUGUAAUGCCGACCGGCAUGCCCGAGAAUCCAGCACCCAUUGCAACGCCCGUCGUAGCACCAGCAACAGCUGAGGCACCCACUAUAGCACCAGCAAUGGCAAAGAAUGCAACUGCAACCUUGCCGACUCCAGAACAGGUGGCCCUCCAAGCGGCGGUGGCAGCAUCUGCCGAAUCACCAGCAGUCAUGAAAAGUGCAGCCGAAAACGCGGCUUUCAAUGCUGGUAGCUCCAAAGAACAAGCAGCAGAAAUUGCACGCGCAGCUGCUUUUGCAGUGAAUGGUGGCUCCGUGAGUGGGCACACAAGCGCAACCAUCGCACCCUUAACGGAGGGAGCAGAGAAAUCGUCUCAAAGCGAGGGGAUACAGAAAAUGCCCGACAGAAAGGCAGGGAUUGAUGCAGCGGAAGCCGGCGCGGAAGCUGCCAGAGUUGCGGCGGCUGAAGGGAAGACACCUGCCGAGCAAGCCAAAGCCGCCGCAGAAGCCGCCGGCAGAACGGCGAUGAAUGGAGGUAUGAAUCUGGUUGGAGCUGAGGAGGCAGCACGGAGUGCUGCCGUGAAAGCUGCGAAGGCUGCCGGCCUGGAUUCCGAGGAGGCUGCAAGCGUUGGUACAUCAGCUGCAGAGGAAGCUGCGUCGUCGGGUGCAUUCACUGCACACGACAUUGUGGUCAGGUCCACGCCGAAGCAGCCGAUGGGAAUAAAGGCCAAGGAGGCCUCGGAGGAGGAUGCAGAGGUGGCCGCAAUUCCACUUGAUGCAAAAGGUUGUUCCGGAGAUCAGUGUGACCACGGCAGAUCCCAUCUUGUGUUGCCACUCGUGGCAGCAGCUGUGAUUGUGCUGCUGGUUUGCUGCGCGAGCUACGUCCUCACGUCCAAGAAGAGGCCCCGCAAAGGUGAGCGAAGCGUUGCUGUGGAACGCCCUGAGCCUGCUGACGUGGAGAGAGCAGAGGAAGCACCGUUGAUUCCGGCUGCACAGCUGGCACCGCCGACCUCCGUCCCCGGAGCGGCGCCAGCUGCAACUCAAGCAGCUCCACUGAUGCCGCGCACGGUCGCAGCCGCCACGGUCUACGCAGCGCAAGGUAGCCCAGUGUCGACCAGCUAUGUUUCAUAUGUGCGAGGUGGGAUGCCUGCACCGACUGGAGUUCGAUUUGGUGUUUCACCAGCGCCCGCAGCAGCACCAGCAGCAGCAGCACACACUGUCAGCCACGGUGCCCAAGCGGGGAUUGCCGGUCCUGCGGAACAGGCAGUCACCGCAUCAACCAUGGCUCUCUUUGAUGCCUUAGAUGCAAACGGAGACGGAGUUUUGGAUGCUGCGGAGCUUGCACAAUUAAAGAUGGGUGGACCUCCAGCUCGUCCUGCCUUACCCAGUGAACCUGUAGCAUCGAUGACCCGCCUCCCCCCAGUCUUGGCCUUGGUUGCUACACGGCACGCGACAUUCGUUGGGGCACUUGGAGCAUCAUUGCAGAUCCAGCAAGCGAGGAUCAUCAUCAUCGUCAUGCUGAAAAGAUGUGCGAGUGAUGCCCUGCAAGACUUGUGCGAUGACGAACCUGAAUCGGAAACAAGCAAUCUGGUCUGGGUAAAUAGUUUGCUCAGGGCUCUUUGGCCAAAGGCCACGGCAGCCUUGGUGGCCUUCGCCCGCAAUGAGCUAACGUCCAAGCUACAGCACGGACUGCCGCUUCCCUUCAAGCGUGCACACUUCGCAAGGUUCUCUCUUGGGGACGGGGUUCCCAGCUUUGGUCCGAUUGAUGUCAUUCGUCGAUCUGACAGCCACAUAUGCAUUGAGGUGGAAAUGCGCUAUUUCAGCAUCGUGGACAUCCUGCUGUCGGGGUAUGAAGGGUCGGGUGUGUCGGUGGGAGUUCAACAGAUUAGAUUCCACGGAAGGUUGUGCAUGGAAAUGAAGCCAGUCCUGGAUACCUGGCCAGUUGUUGGUGCCGUUUUGAUAUCCUUUGCUGGACAACCGCAGUUGGAGUUGGAGUUUAAGGGCAUUGCAGAUGCUCCUCUGCCGGGUUUGGCCAAGAAGAUUCAAGGAAUCGUGGAUGCCUCACUGUCCCAUUUUGUGCUUCCGAAUUGCAAAUGCAUCCGCCUCACGACUGAUGAGCGUUUGUUGAAUUUGGCGGCUUGCGGCAGGGAGCCCAUCGGUGUCCUUGAAGUGCGAGUCCUGCGGGGCAUCAACUUGGCAGGUGCCAACUGGCGCAUGGCAAUGGGCUCAAACGUGCGAAGCUUCAACUCCAACCCAUACUGUGUGAUACAGGUGGGCAGCAGUACAGCCCAGACGAGCACAGUCAGAGCAACCACAAACCCCGAUUGGAAUGAUGACCCUUUCUUUUUCAUCGUCUAUCACAAAGAUCAAGAACUCCUCAUCGAUGUCAGAGAUGAUGAUGGCGGUUUUCUGCAGCGAAACUUUGUCGGACUCCUUGGGCGCUUGCGCAUGACGGUUCGUGAGCUACUUUCACACAGGCCUCGACCAGACUCGGGGGCCUGCCGUUUUGCACUGGACACUUCGCAGGUCAAACGUGGGCUGCUUCAUGUAGAUGAUCCGGUCAACACCGGAGUACCCUCAGAGGUGGAUGUUCUUGGUAGAUGGUUUGAGAUUUCUCCGCGCGUGCCAGACGUUGAGCAUGCCCCUGCCUGUGCGCCUGGUGGCAUAAUCUUGGUGGAGCUUCAUGGUGGAACGGGCUUCCCAGAAGAACUCGCAGGUUCAAGCUUGACCAGUUUGUUCUGGGAGUGCUCGCUGAGCGAAGAUGGGGUGCAUGGCAGUAGCUACCGCAGUUCUGCAGGGAGGCGGUCUCCUGAGGAGCCCGAUUUCCAUUUGCCCAUACCCCAGUGCCUGUAUCAGGCCAUUGACCAGCUCACGGCUAGAGGUGUUGAGCCUGAAGAGGUGGCUGAUAUCGUUCAGGUUGACCAUGCGCAAGUCCUCCAGUACCUUUCUGCCAAGUCGCGCUUUCUACAAGAUGUGUCAGCGCGGCAGCUGGAGACUGGUGAGGAUCACUGUGUCGAAGUGGCAUGGCACGAAACGUUGGCGAUACUUGUGGCCAAGCCACAUGCGACUCAUGUCCAUCUCACUCUCUUCCAUGCUGACCGUGUUCUUGGUGAUGUUGAGCCCAUCAGAGUCGCGGAUGCGCUAUCCGGUGCCGGGCAAUCGCGGAUGUUGUGCAGUUUUCGUCCGACAGAUGCGGCUGGAGCUGCCCACUACCUCGAACGUCCAGGCAAGCUCUCGGCAUGGAUGUUCCCAGCGUGCGCUGCGCCCACUCCAUCCACGAAGCGCUUCAAGCCUGUGCGCAUGGAAGUUUCUUUGCGCUACCAAUCCCUCACGCUGCGAACAGAAUCGGCCUGA